AUGUCUAUUGAAAUGAAAAGCUAUAAACCAGAAGAAAUCAAAGUAUCAGUAAAAAAUAAUGAAUUGAUUAUCAAAGGUGAACGUCGAUAUAAAGAUGAUAAUAGUUUUGAACGAUCAUUCUUUUUCAAAUCAACAACAUUGCCACCGGGUACACAAGUUGAACAACAAGAAGCUACAAAACCUGUUGAAGAACAGAAAAAAUAA